AUGACUCUGGGCGCUGCUAUCAUGUCGGAUGAGUCUCGUGAGCGCCUUGCACGAGAGCACAUGGAAAAGGCAAGAGCGAUGAAAACAGACACUCAGGAGCAAAUAGAGGAAGUUAUGAAACAUCUAUCAUUGGCUAUUGAGGUGAAGCCACUCUCAGUUGCUGUGCUUCUCCAGCGCGCACACCUUGCCACCCGAAUAGGUCGUUAUCACGUCGCCAUAGCCGAUCUAACGUUUACUAUUCAGCUGGAGGAACACGGUAUAGAUCGUCGGCGUUUAGCAGCGGCAUACGGGAGUCGUGCGGCUGUAUAUCGCAAACUUAAUAAACAUAAAGAGAGUAUCGUAGACUACGUGCGAGCGGCAGAUGUAGAGCCAGAUAAUGGUACGUGGCUAUAUGAGUUAGGACUUGUGUAUGCAGCUCAGGGCAUGAAGGCGCUCGCCCAUCACUUUGUUGCGGCUUCCUUAUCCGAGAAGGUAACAGGAAGGAUGUCUGAGAUCACUCGCUUCCGUGCACUUACUUCCCUUGGCACCUGCAAAUUAGCAUCCGGAGAUAUCACUGGUGCGGUAGCCGUGCUGACAAAAGGACUCGAGUUCCAAGAAACGGCUGCUCUACACAAUCUUCUUGGUAUAGCGCACUUCUUACGCGGGGAAUACGAACCUGCUCGCUCGCGGUUUGAAAGAGCUGUGGAGAUGGAUCAUUUAUCUAGCGAGUACCACACCAACUGUGCUCUUUGCCUCUUUCAACUUGGCAUACACUCGGAGGCAUUCAAGCAGAUGGAAUACGCUGUGAUAAAAAGCGUUGAGAACGCGCGUUACCACUUCUACCGUGGAAACAUAGCGUUGCUACUUGGUCUCCACGCACCUGCAAUGACUGAUGUAGUGAAGGCAAUAGAACUGGACCCCCAGUGCGCGUCACAUUACUACUCAAAAGCAUUGAUACUGGUCGCUACGCAGGAUUACGAGGAGGCAAUGGCGAUUCUUAACAAAGCUAUUGAGUUAAAUCCUACUUUUCGUGCUGCCUGGGUGCAUUCUGGGUUACUGCACUUUUUGCGGAAAAAUUUGUUUGAAGCUCUCCAGUGUUUUUCUCGGGCGCUGGAGCUGGAAGAAGAGGAUGCCACUGUGCACGAAUGCGUUGGUUUGGUCUACUUUGACAUUAAGUACUAUGACCUUUCGGCUGCAUCGUUCACGCGAUGCAUUGAUCUUAUUCCAGACGAUCCCGUGCUGUACUUUAGACGCGGAACGGCUCUGCUACUUUGCGGUGAUCUCCAAGGAGCAUAUGAUGACCUGCAGAAGACAGUGUGCAAAUACAAGUUCCGCAACCCGGAGGUGUUAAAUAGCCUUUCCGUUGUGGUGAGCAAGUUGGGGAGGCAUCUGGAAGCGCUAGAAUUAGCUAAAGAGGCGGUCGCACUCAACAGCAAGAACCAUCGGUAUCUUCUCCAACAGGCCGAGUGUCAUUUUGCUGUGAGGGACUACGACGCCGUUCUGGAGGACUUGGCCAAUAUUGUGAGUCUUGGGUACGCGACUGCAGAGUUGUAUUACCUACGCGGUCGAUCAAAGUAUGCCUUACGGGACUUCUGUGGCGCUGCCGAUGAUUUACUUCAGGCGGCUACUUGCCAACCGCUAUUGAAUGAGUGCUCAAAUUAUUGCUACGCGCUGGGAGUCGCAUACCUAUGUUCAGGGAAGAAUAUAAAUGAUGCGGAAAAGGCCCUUACGCGAGCUAUUACCUCUCACAGUGACCCGCCGUCAUUCUUUUACGAUGAACGGGCGAAGGCACGACAAAAGUUGGGGGACACAAAAGGUAUGCUGGAAGACCUCAACUUCAUGCUUCAGCGAGACCAAAGUGAUCCUACUGUUCUUCUUAGGCGCUCACUCGGGUACAAGGCAUUGGGUCUAUAUGACAAAGCGGCACGAGACUUUGAAAAGGCGAAAACCUUAAAUGGUGCGAGGGAAGUGUUAGAUUGUGUCCCAUAUGAGAAAUUCUUUGAAAUUGAAGAAGUGCUAUGGGGUAAUGAGCAGGUGGAGUGA